GGGAAACUGAAACAUGUUUUUAUAAGGUUAAGUUUACAUAUUUUAUUUUUCAAAAUUUAAAAAAUAAAAAUAUAUAGUGAACAUGGAAUUGUUUGUGGUUAACAGGCACGAUGAUGGACAGCAAGAAGAAAUUCAAAAUGAACAGGAUAAAUUAGAAAAGGUUCUUAAGAAGAUUCAGAAAAACAAAAAGUUGCGUCAAAAACAGAAAGAAAAGAUCUCUCAAAUUAAACAAGCUAAACAACGAACUUUACAAUCAAGAGAAAUCAAACGAAAAAUAAAGGCUUCUAUUAUAAAUGUUCCUGAUAAUAUAAAUGAUGAUUUUCUAGAUAAAACUGUGGAAAAUUUAGUUAUUACACAAAACAAUGAUAAUAUUGACGAAUCAAAACACAAAAAACGUAAAUUAGGACCAGAAUCACUAGAAGGAUUUACUGUUCUAGGUGCAGAAAAUGUUGCAAAUAAAGUUAAAGUAAAAAGAGUUCUUCCAUCAUGGCUAUCAAAUCCAACAGUUAUAUCAGUAAACUUACAAGACCUACAAACCAAAGUUUCUGAUCUAAAACAAUUAGACAAAGGUAUUCGUAAAUUACUCAAAGCCAAUAAUAUACAAUAUUUCUUCCCUGUUCAAGCAGAAGUAAUUCCAUGGUUACUAGAAACUUCUAGACAUUCUGAUGUGAUAUUUCCUAGAGAUAUUUGUGUUUCAGCACCAACUGGAAGUGGUAAAACAUUAGCGUAUGUUUUACCUAUUGUUCAAGCAUUAAAAAAGUACACUAUAAAGAAAAUAAGAGCUUUGGUCAUUUUACCUACACAAGAUUUGGCUACUCAAGUGUUUAAAACAUUUAAAACCUAUUCCCAGGAUACAAAUAUAGAUGUGUGUUUAAUAAGUGGAACUAACUCUUUUGCUGUAGAACAAUCACAGUUGAUCAUUGACAAUAAAGCUUUCGGAGCUGUCAGUAAAAUUGAUAUAUUGGUAUGCACAGCUGGAAGACUUGUAGAUCACUUAAAAGUAACUAAAGGAUUCAGUUUACGAAAUUUGGAAUUUUUAGUUAUUGAUGAGGCAGAUAGAGUGCUUGAAAAUGUUCAGAAUGAUUGGCUGUAUCACUUGGAAAAACAUAUUUAUCAAGAAGCAACCAAUGGACAAGCGAGAAAAGUUCUCAAUCUGUUUACAUUAGAACAAGCACGUCCUCCCCAGAAACUUCUAUUCUCAGCCACAUUGUCACAAGAUCCGGAAAAAUUACAGAAACUUUCCCUAUUUCAGCCUAAAUUAUUUACUUCAAUCGUAGAAUCGGAAAAUGCAGAAGCUGUCCCUACUCCCGUUGUAGAUACCUUUAUAGGAAAGUACACAACUCCGAAAGAAUUAACUGAAAAAUACGUUGUUACAAGUGCAGAAUUGAAGCCGCUGUUUUUGUACGAACUAAUCAAAUUGGAAAAAUUGACGAAAACUAUUGUCUUUACACAUUCUGUUGAAAGUGCGCAUAGGCUAGCAAUUUUAUUAAGAUCUCUAUUUAAAGAGGAAUUAAAGGUCGAUGAAAUAUCUUCUAAUCUACAAGGAAAGAACAGAUCAAAACUUAUUGAAAAGUUUGCAGCAGGUGAAAUUGAUUUAUUAGUAUGUACAGAUGCCCUGGCUAGAGGUAUAGACCUUCCUCACAUACAAUGUGUUAUUUCUUAUUCUGCCCCCAAAUACCUCAAGACAUACAUUCAUCGUGCUGGUAGAACUGCUAGAGCUGGUGAACCUGGUUUGGCUGUCGCCUUAUUAAAUAAACCACAAGUCUCAAAGUUUAAGUCCAUGUUGAAUCAAGCAAAUCAUACGAACAUUCAAGAGCUUGUUAUUCCUGAAGAUAAUUUGGAACCUCUUGGCGAAAAGUACAAAGAUUCUUUACAAGAAUUGAAAAACGUCGUAGAAAAUGAAGAAAAACUAGAUUUGGAAAAGACAUUGAGUGCUAAACGAACGAAGAAAAUUAAGCGAAAAAGGAAUAACUCAGUUACUAGUAAUAUUAGUAAAUAAAGACAUAUUUUUCA